UUAAUAUUAAAAACAAAAUUUAGUUGGCGAGUAACUAGCAUUUAAAACGGUUUACUGAUAUUAAUAAUAACAGAUUAAUAAACUAAAACGAAAAUAUUCCAAAACAAAAGGAAAAUUUAUAAAAACGAAAAAUUGUUAACCAAUAAAAUGAAAGCUCAUAUGAAAAUUUGAUAUUUCCCCCUAAAAAAACUAAAUAUUUUUGCAAUAAAUAAGAAAAUCUAACAAUUUACUAAAUUAUUUAACUUAUAAAAGUUGUUUAAAAACAGUGGGUGUGUAUCGACAGUCAUUAUUUAAUUCGCGAGUGUGUUUACCUAACAUUUAUUGAUAUGUCAAAAUGGUUUAUGAUACUUUGACAACUUUAGUGGAAAGUGCUAAAAGUGUUUUUCAACCACGCAAUGAAAACGAUAUAGCUUCUUUUGAAAAUUUAAUUUUUAAUAAUUAUAUCACUGAUAUGGAAAUGGAUGAAGAAGAUGAAGAUGUUGUAAUCGAAGAACAACAGGAUCGUGUGGAUGUUAAGUUAGAUUUAUCUGCCAUAAGUAACAAUUUUCAAAAUUAUAACAGACAUAAUAUUAGUGAAUUGUCUUUAAAUGGACCAGAUAAUCAAAGUAAUAAAUCGAACAAUUCUAAACCGAAUAGUCGUCGUUCGAGUGCUGAAAAGAAAUAUCAUCGUAUUUCUAUGAUAGAAUUAUCACCCGUACACAAUGAGGAGUGUAAACGUUCAAAUUUACACCGAUUUAGUUCUAUGCAAUCCCUCAAACAUAGUCCCACCUCACUAACUCCCCUACCCUCGCUAAAUACCUCGGGGAGUUUGCGCAGCAUUAGCCCUUCACGUCGCAGCGCCAGUAGUAGCAACAGCAGCAGCACGGCCAAGCAUGAGCAAUCAACAACAGCAGCAGCUGCCGCCGCCGCUGCUGCUGCCAAUGCUACUACCUCAAAUGGUUCCACCGUCACGAUGACAACAUCAACAACAACAUCGACAGCAACACCAGCUUCGGCAACAACUGCAACAACGCCCCCUGAAAAAGAGAAGAAACGCAAAGAGAUAUCUAGCUCGCGUGUAAAAAAGUUCCAUAGACAUUUUGCUCAGGUGUCGAAAGAUGAGAAAUUAAUAAACUAUUUUUCCUGUGCUCUAGUCAGUGAUAUUUUACUGCAAGGACAUCUUUAUAUAACAGAUCAACAUUUUGCAUUUUACUCAAAUGUUUUUGGUUAUGUUACUAAGGUUGUUAUACCCACUUCCUCCGUUACAAAAAUCUCCAAAGAGAAAACCGCUAAAAUCAUACCAAAUGCUGUGGGCGUGGCCACCGCUGAUGAACGUCAUGUGUUUGGCAGUUUCAUAAGUCGCGAGGCGGCCUUCCGUCUCAUGUGCAGUGUUUGUCCGCCUUUGGGUGUACCCGAGAUAUUACCCAAAGAUCCGGCCAGCAUUGAAAUCUCCGAAGAAUACUCAAUUGAAGAUGAUAGCAGCUGUUCGAUAAGUGGCAAUGAAAGUCCCGCCCAAAUAACAGAACUACAACAGGCCAAUGGUGGCGGUAAACUGCUACAAACUAACGAGACAACUAGUCAAACGUUACUGCGGCGUUCAGUAGCCAGUUCGAAUUUAAGUAUUGCCGAUUUAACUAGACACUCAGACAUUCCUAUAAAUGCCAAAUCUACGCUAACAGCAAAUACAGCUUCCACCAGAUGCUCGGCCCCACCUGCCACGGGAGAACAUUAUAACAAUACCUCUAAUGGUGGUGGUGCUGUUAAUUUAAUUGGUCUCAAAUCUGUUUUACAACAACAACAACCCGCCCUUAAACCUACACCCGAUGGUGGUGAGGUUUAUACUAAUACUAAUAAACUAACUAUUAUAGCAGGCUGUGCUUCCUCGACCACAUCGGCCACUUCCACGCCCACACCCUCUACAUCUUCAUCGCCCACAACGGUAAUGACCUCAUCCGUCUUAUCGCCAGCGGGUACUAAAGCUAAGCGCGUUUUAAAUACAUUCACUAGUGUUAGUCAGAAGCUAUUGAAACAUUUUAAAUUUCCCACUGAAAUACAUGUGGUUUACUUGGGCGUUUUGCUCACUUUACUAUUAGCAUUAUUUUCCAUAUUCCUAUUAUAUCGGAUAUUAGAUAUAGAAGCUAAAACUAGCGGUUAUCGAUCUCCUGUAGAAUUUAAUUGGCGUUCUGGCAAUGAUGAUGAUAUAUUUACCGAAGCUUUACGCUUUCAAAAGCAAUUACAACUUAAAAGUACUGAAGAAGCUCAGAAUAUACUUAAAACGAAUUUAGAACAAAUUGCUAAGGUAAGCUGAAUUAGAAA